AUGUCCGCCACAAAGUCCAAGUCCAAGUCCAAGCCUGCUCCCCCUUCAACUCAGGAGAUCCAGCAAAAUUAUAACCGAUUGCAGAAUGAACUCCAGACGCUGGCUGGCAAGAUCGGUGAGCUAGAGCAAGAAGCAGAGGAGCAUGCGCUCGUACUGUCGACAUUAGAUGAGGCACUCGCAGAGGGGCCCGAUCGCAAGUGCUUCCGGUUGGUAGGCGGAGUGUUGGUGGAGAGGACUGUUCAAGAUGUUGUGCCUGCGCUACAAACAAACAAGGAUGGGAUUCUGAAAGUGGUCUCCAGUCUCGCCGAACAGUAUAAAAGCAAGGAAGAGGAACUCGAAUCGUUCAAGCGCGAGUACAACAUCCGGCCUGCAUCUGCGGCGUGA